AUGAAGGGCUUACACAGUGGUAUCCCUCUCGCCGUCCUCGCCGCCACCGCGCACGCGCAGGUCCAGGUCAUUGGCGGCAGCGGCGGAGUUGAUAUCGGGAACCAUGGUUCGGUCCCGAAGGAGAAUACGGCCAGCACGUCUGUGACCGAGGACUACACCGACAACCACUCGUUUGAGCUCGAGCACGAGGUGCACGUGUACCCGCAGGGCAAAGACCACCACCACCACCACAGGCGCACUGCAGGCUCACCUGGUGCGACAGUCAUUGGCGGCCCCGGCGGCGUCGACGUCGGGAACAGCGCGGAGAUUCCCACCCUCAACAGUUUCGUGUCAAGCGUCGACGAGCACUACAAGGACGAUCAUUCCGUUGACAUUGACAAGACUACCAUCAUCAAGGCCGCCAAGGACCACCACAAGGGCAAGGACCACCACGGGGACAAGGACCACCACAAGCGUGGCGACGACAAGUUCCCCGAGAUCCCCGUCAACCCUACCGUGAUUGGAGGGCCCUCGGGGGUUGAUAUUGGCAACAUCGCUGACAUCCCGACCUUCAACGAGUUCAGCUCGUCCGUCUCGGAAUCCUACAAGGAUGACCACUCCGUUGACGUCGACAAGAACACCAUCAUCAAGGGUGGAAAGGAUCGCCGGGGCACGCCCUCUGUCAUUGAAGGGCCCGGUGGCGUUGACGUCGGCAACGAUGCCUUUAUUCCUACAGUAAACGAGUUCUCCACAUCCUUCAAGGGCGAAUACAAAGAUGACCACUCUGUCGAUAUUGACAAGACGACCAUUAUCGAGAAGCCAGACCACCACAAGGGCGACCACAAAGGCGACCACAAGGAUGACCACAAGGAUGACCACAAGGGCGACCACGAGGACGACCACGAGGACGACCACAAGGACGACCACAAGGACGACCACAAGGACGACCACAAGGGCGGCAAAGAUCGUCGGGGCGCGCCUUCUGUCAUUGGUGGGCCUGACGGCGUCGACGUCGGCAGCGAUGCCUUUAUCCCAACAGUGAGCGAGUUCUCCGCGUCCUUCGCAGGAAAGUACAAGGAUGACCACUCUGUCGAUAUUGACAAGACCACCAUCAUCGAGAAGCCUCAUCAUGACGGGCACCCGGCCCUGGGUUUCCACCACCCGAUGCACGAACCUCGCGGCGAGGAACCCACUGUUAUCGGCGGGCCCGACGGCAUCGAUAUCGGCAACUCGGCUGAUAUCCCGACGCUGAACAGCUUCGUCAGCUCCUUCGACGCGUCCUACAAGGACGACCACUCCGUGGACGUCGACAAGACCUUUAUCGUGAAGCCACACAAGCGCGCGCAGCGCCUGGGCGACGACGACGCGACUGUCAUUGGUGGACCACACGGUGUGGACAUUGGGAACGCGUACACAGGUGCCACCGUCAACAGCUUCGCCAGCCAGACGCACGAGAAUGUCAACGACGACCACUCGGUCAAGAUCAAGUCGCACGAGGUCAUCAAGCCUCCGGCGCCGCACUAUGAGGGCCACGGCGAGCAUCACAACGACCAUGACGACGAGCACAAGGAUGAUCACAAGGAUGAUCACAAGGACGAGCACAAGGGCGAGCACAAGGACGAGCAGAAACCCCCUCAGCCUGCCUCGCACUCGAACCCCCAGCCUCCUGCUCCUGCUCACGAGGAGCCUGAGGAUUGUGACUGCGAAAACGCGCAUGAGGUCGUCCACACUGUGACGAGAACUCGUACCCAGGUUGCCUACCAGACUGAGACUGCUGCCGCGGACCCUCACGAGGAGGAGGAGAAGGGGCCCGAGAAGGAGAAGGAGCCCGAGAAGGAGGAAAAGGAGCCCGAGAAGGAGGAAAAGGAGCCCGAGAAGGAGGAAAAGGAGCCGAAGCAGCAGGAGGCGUGGCACCAGACUCCAGGCGCUCAAACCCCGUCCGGCGGUAACUCCAAGGAUGAGACCGAGAAACCCGAGGGUACUGAGCAAAGCAACUCCAACUCCAACUCCCCUCAGAACAACUGGGAGGAAAGCUCGCAGUCGCCUAGCGGUGGUGACACGGAGGACAGCAGCAGCAGCAACAACAACAACGACUCCCCGCAGGGCAGCUGGGAGGAGAAGGGCAGCUCGCAGUCCCCCAGCUCCGACUCAAACGAGGACUCUUCCGACCCCGCACCCGCCGCACCAGGCAACGCCUACCACGGCUCCCAAGUUGCCGCCCCGACCUCCGCCGCCAUCGCGACAGCAACGGGCGCCUACCACGCGCCCGCGACCUCUGCCGCAAUCAGGGAGCAAGCCUCGACCUUCGCCGUGAUCCCCGUGCAAGUCCCCAGCGGGACACCGCGCGCGCACGGCUCCGUCGUUGUCGCCGCUAGCAGCACCCCCGUUGCGUCGUCGUCGUCCGUUCGCCACCUGCAUAUGCCGACGGGGGCGUCGGCGGAGGAGAAUGAGAAGGCCGAGGCGACGCCCGUGGCGUUUAUGGGUGGUGCCCCGGGGCUGGGAGCUUCUGUCGCUGGGGUGGUCUCGGUGAUUGCGGGUGUUUUUGUGCUGUUGGGCUUUGCGUUGUAG